GCUUCUCUGCAAUCGGCGCAGCUCAGAGCCAAUUACGACGCGAUUUCGCAUCGACAAAGCUUCCUUUCGCGUCCGCCUUACCCACGCAAGCUCCGACUCUUCCUCGCUUCUCCUUUUCUCGCUGUCGCAAACCGCAACAGGAUCGAGGUCCUUCCUCCCUGCCAUUCCCGAACCCUUUCUCACGACACUUCCUCCUCCCGCUUCAACAUUUCCUUCCUCCCGCAAUACUAUGCCCUAGCCGUCGAAUACCCGAGCUCCAGUCGACCUCCACAUCAGACGAGUCCUACCUAUCCUCCCGUCGGCGUCGCUUGUCAAACCCCGAACCUAUCUCACGCCAUCCACAGCCUACCGGACCGAAGAGCUCCAUCCGACCGAACCUCCUCUACCCUGAGCCCUAGACGCUCCUUCGACAACGUUCCCUCUUCCCGGCGGAGCGGAAGUUAGGACAUUUUGAGCAGAAAUAGCUACCGGAGUUCGCUCAUUGUUAAGAAAUGAGAGAGAGAUGCUGGAGCUGUAAGAAAUGGGAAGAGCAUUUUUAUUGGGAUCAUUUAGAAGAAUCAAACUUGCAUUUCAUGAAGGUCAUGGAUGGAGAUUUCACUCUGAAAAUGGAAUUUCCGCAGAAGUUUGUCAAGAACUUCAGAGUAGAACUGAUUGAUGUGGUUGCAUUGGAAGCACCUAGUGGCAUAUUAUGGGAGAUUGGAUUGUGCAAGGAACAAGAUCGCUUGUACUUCAAUGGCGGUUGGAAGAAAUUCAUUGAAGCAAAUGGGAUAGAGAAAGGCUAUAUCCUGGUUUUUGAUUAUGCUGGUGAUUCAAUGUUUCAGGUUCGAAUUUUUGAUAGUACUGGUUGUGUAAAAGCUGCUUCUAACCAGAUCAAUAACCCCCGAGCAAAACAGAAAAUGGUGGAUCAAACUUGGCAAAAUUUUCAAAGAACUCAUUCCUCAAAAGUUGCUUGUAAUGAUUAUCCAAUGUUACAUGAACAGACAACUGAUAGCGGAUCUGCUUCUGGUAUAAGAUUUAUUGAAGAAGAGUAUGGAAUGGAUAAAUUUAAAGAUGAUGGAAGGCUUGGAUCUUCUAAAAUUUGCAAGAAAGAAUGUUCUGAAGUACAACCAUAUUCAACUUCAGAAACAAAAUUAAGUUUGAGAAAUUCUCAAGACAUAGUUAAUAUAUUGGAGCAAAAAUUUGCAAGCAAACGAGGCAAUUGGUCCUUUGUCAAACUUAUUACUCUAAGCAACAUCACGAGUAAUCCCUUUAUGGCUAUUCCUAAAAAAUUUGUAUCUAUACACUUUCCCAGAAAACCAUUUGGAAUUACUGUCCGCGAUCAAAGCAAGAAGAAAUGGUAUGUGAAUUGCAGCUGGAGAAGCUCCUCUUGGGGAUUUCAAGGAAAAUCAAUGGCUAAAUUGGUCCAUGAAAAUAAGAUUCAGAAGGGCGAUGCUUGUGUCUUUGAGCUUAUUGAAAAAAGCAGCGAUGUGGUGAUGCAAAUGCGCAUUGUGAGAGCUAUGGAAAUUUGCUCUAUAUUAAAAAAAUAUUGGUUUUAGAUGAAGAUUAAGGUUUGUUUAUGUAAUUUUGGGAUUUUAUGAGGUGUUUUGAAGAUUUUGUUGAUGCUCUAAUCAUUGAACAA